AAUCUUGAUUUCAUACUCAACAACAGAGUUUUCCUCUAGAAGGAGAAAAAUGGUUGUCUCAAGAAAUGAAAGUAUCGAGAAAGAUGACAGUUCGGAAUAUGAUAGAAAAAGUGAAGUGCAUUCCUUUGAUGAUUCAAAGAUGGGGGUAAAAGGACUACUAGAUGCCGGUGUCACAAAGUUACCACGUAUAUUCUUACACAACCAGUAUGUGAGUGAGAAGAAAUUGGACCCUGUUGUUACUAGUAAGUUUAGCAUUCCUGUAGUAGAUUUUCAAGGCUUGGGAAAUAGUGCAGCUCAACGAGCUGAUAUUGUUCGAGAAAUAAAGGAUGCUUGUGAAAACUGGGGAUUUUUCCAGAUUGUCCAUCAUGAAAUCCCAUCAAGUGUUAAGGAGAAAGUACUUAAAGGCGUUCGCCAUUUUCAUGAGCAGGAUUCUGAGCUGAAGAAAGAGUUCUACUCACGUGAUGUUACGAGGAAGGUCACCUACAAUAGCAAUUUUGAUCUACUCAAAUCACCAACAGCUAAUUGGAGGGACACCCUUUACUGUGUCAUGGCUCCUAAUCCUCCUGAUCCCGAAGAAAUUCCCGAGGUUUGCAGAGAAGUUUUGAUCGAAUACACGAAGUACAUCAUGAAACUGGGACUCACUCUCUUUGAGCUACUCUCUGAGGCUCUACAACUCAAAUCAGAUCACUUGAAAGACAUGGAAUGUGCCGAGGGGUUGUUCAUCACCGGCCAUUAUUAUCCCGCAUGCCCUGAACCAGAUCUGACUUUAGGCCUUAGCGGUCACACGGAUAGUGGCUUCUUGACUAUUGUAUUACAGGAUCAAAUUGGUGGCCUCCAAGUCUUUCAUAAAAAUCAAUGGGUUGAUGUUCCUUUCUUACCUGGAGCUCUAAUAGUGAACAUUGGAGAUCUUAUGCAGCUCAUCACAAAUGACAGGUUCAAAAGUGUUCUUCACAGAGUUUUGGCGAAAAAUGUAGGACCAAGAAUUUCAGUGGCAAGUUUUUUCAGAAUGCAUUUUCAAGAAGGCAGUGAAUCGAGAUUAUAUGGUCCGAUCAAGGAGUUGUUAUCAGACGAAAACCCUCCAAUCUACCGGGAAACAAGCAGAAAAGAGUAUGUCACGCACCUAUACAACAAAGGGCUCGAUGGAACUUCGUUAUUGUCACCUUUCAAAUUGCAGAAAUAGUCCAAAAGGAUUUACAGAUAUGUUUCAACAUC